GUUUCGCAGCGAGGGAGCGUUUGGAGUGACGUCGGCCACGCAUUGUUCCAGUUCCUUAUUACAAGGGCCCAGUGAAGAUAUUUGUCCCACCUGCGACUGCAACACUGUACGACGAAGAAGACAAUACAUUCACUUCGCAAGGGACUUUCAUAUCUGACGCUUUACCUGCUACGCCAAGACAGCGCGAUGCUGGGCAACACGUUGCGCCAACUGAACCACGAGGUUUUGUUGUCACUGCAGAAACCGCUGCCGCGGGCGUUGACUGUCGAUAGUGGCGCCAGGCACGCUCUUGCCGAUCCGAGAUCAGCGAGAAAGAAGGCAGAUGGCUCACCAGUGAGGAGCGCUGGGCAGGCGCAGUGGCGCCAACAUUCCUCCGUGGUUCCCUCUGGGGGCCCUAGGAAGCAGCUGGCGCACAACUUCGCUCUCCAGCCGGAACUCUAUCCGUCGUCUGCGAGUGCUGUAUCCAGGUUUGAAGAUGUAGAGUUCGGCACGCCAAUCGAAGUACACAUCGUGCGAGCCAGCUACAACGCCGACCCUUUCGAGAAGAAGGUCGAUCUCGGAGUUGGAGCGUACCGGACAGAGGAGGGCCGGCCGUGGGUGAUGCCAUGGGUGCACACAGUGAGGCAGCAGCUGGCUCACGACCCGACUCUCAACCACGAGUACCUCCCCUUCUUGGGCUGCGAGCGCUUCACCAGGUGUGCCAAUGAGCUGCUACUGGGUGACAACAGCCCAGCCAUACACCAGGGCAAGGUUUUUGGCAUUCAGAGUCUGAGUGGAGCAGGCAGUGUUCGAAUAGCAUCUGAAUUUCUCUGCAAAGUAAUGAAGUACAAGACUGUGUUCAUACCAGUUGAGACAUGGGAGAACCACUACCGGCUUGUUACACAUGGUGGAUUUUCUGAUGUUAGAGAAUAUAGGUAUUGGAACACACAGACCAGAACACUUGACUUUGAAGGUCUGAUCGAAGAUCUUUCAGCUGCACCUGCAGACUCUAUAGUUGUGUUGCAUCCCUGUGCACACAAUCCAACUGGCUGUGACCCAUCACAUGAGCAGUGGGACAGGAUUGCCGACAUUAUUGAGGAACGAAGGCUGUUCCCAUUUUUUGACAUUGCCUAUCAGGGACUGGCUUCUGGAGAUAUUGAUGAAGAUGCCUGGGCUGUCAGACGCUUUGCUGAAAGAGGCAUUGAAUUUUUCUGUGCACAGUCAUUUUCUAAGAAUUGUGGGUUAUAUGGUGAACGCACAGGGAACCUGGCUGUGAUGCUAAACAAUCCAGACAAGAUUGAGAAAGUGAAAUCUCAGUUUAUUGUUAUCGCACGAUCAAUAUACUGCAGUCCGCCUAGUCAAGGUGCUCGUAUAGUAACUGCUAUGCUAGAAGAUCCUAAACUGAAGGAAGAGUGGAAAACAUGCUUGCGAGAGAUGACAAACCGCAUCAAAGAUAUGAGGAAAGGCCUGAAAGAGCGCUUGGAUGCAUUGGGAACACCUGGCUCAUGGGACCACAUCACUCAGCAAGUGGGCUUCUUUUCAUUUACAGGACUCUCUGAACGUCAAGUACAACUUCUAAGAGAGAAGUACCAUGUCUACAUGCUGAGCAAUGGACGUGCCAACAUGUGUGGUCUGAACACAAAGAAUCUUGAUUAUACUGCAAAUGCCAUUCAUGAUAUUGUGACAAGAUUGCCAGAAGAGGACAAAAAUCCUUUGCGUGCCUAAAACUAUAAGUUUUAUUCGUUCCUGAGGGGUCACUAUAAUGGUGGCCUCUGAGAUUGGCACCUGAUUUCUACUUUCCAUAUUUUUAUUUUUAUUUAUUUGGUACAGAGUGUACUAGUUUUGAAACUUACAGUACAAGUCCUUUAGUUAGAUGGUAGAUAAGGAAAUGAGUGAAGUUAGGCCUAUUUCAUUUAUGAAGCAAUGACCCAGAAUAUAAGUAUUAAAGCUGAUUAUUUUCUUCCUUAUUAAAAAGUAAGACUGUUGCUUAAUAUUCUAUUGUAUUUUUGUAUGAUUUUUAUAUGUUAAAUAAAAUUGUAUUGCAGCUUUA